UAAUAAUUAAUUACAUGUGCUGCAAUUUUUAUAGAAUUUAAGUUAUGUUUUCUGUCCAGCGUUUAUUUGUUAUUACACACAAUUAUUUUUUGCAACUUUAGUUUUGGUCUGUUAUAUACAAAUUUGCUGUACAUAAAUUUAUAAUCUUCUGCCCUGGGUUCUAUUCUUGGCCGCCUACGUCCAUACAUAAGUAGACCUUCAUUUGUUUACUGACAAUAAUGGCUGUAGUAAAGCGAACAAAAGCGAAUCGAGGCAUGGCACAUUAUAACGGCGUAAAAAAAGGUAGUGACAAGUGCAGUUUCAUUCUUUAUUAAUUUAUUAAAAAAUGAAGAUUUAAUUUUACUGUUAGAAGAGGACACAGAAGACAGUGAGGAAUCGAAAACAGUAGGAUAGAAAUUAUAUUUAUAUUUUAUGCAAAUUAGCGAUGCAUUAGAAUGCAUGAGCGAAAAAUAUCGUGAAGACGAAGAUGAAAUAAAUAUCAGCGACGAAGAACUCUUCGCAUACGAAUUGAAUCAUGAAGACGAUAACUGCAUUAUCUGCAGAAUCGUCAGAUGAAGAGACGAGGAAGAUAAAAAUAUCCCAUUUUCAGCUAAAUGCAAAGUUGUUUCAUUAUCUGUACAGCAUCCGGCAUGGUCUUUAAAAUCGUUACAAACGAAGGGGUCGAAAUUUUUGAAAUCAAGAAUGCAACUAAUUCGAUGGAGAAGACAAGUAUAAGACAGAAAGGAUAAGAUGAAGAGUAAAUUCUGUGAAGCACUGGAUGGGAAACGCCGAAUGGUAACAUCUCGGUUAUUGCAACAAUGGGUCAUGGAAGCAGGACGUCAGUUCUUGGAUGAAGAUGCGUAUAAAGAGUUUAAUGCAUCGUCACGUUGGAUCCACAAUUUUAAAAUUCGACCUCGCAUCAGAUAGAGAAAAGUGACAAAAUAUGUGAGCAACAGAAAUAUUAGAACUGUGGAUGAAAUUUCAAAUGCUGCUCACUCGUUUCAACUACAAACAGCCUCAAUCGUGCAGAACUUUUAUCCAGAUUAGGUAAUUAACACCGAUCAAACGGGUGUAGAGUAUCUCAUAAGUACUAGGCGUACCUUGUUUUAUAAGGGUGAAAAACAAGUGGAAGUAAAUGUUCAUAGUGUUCAAAACCUGAGCAAUUCGUACACUGCGGAAUACGCAUUGACACUGUCAGGCAAACUUCUUUCAAAAGUAUCUAUUUGCUUGCAAGAAGUUAAUGGAAGAUUUGGUCCUCAAGUUUCUCAAGAGGUUGCAAGGCCGAUGGAAGAAUUUAGAAAUGCUGUAGUCACAUGCACAAAAUCUGGUAAAUUACACACGGACACUUAUAAACAAUUCUUAAACAACCCCAUUGAACCGUAUGUGCAGAAGAAUAUGUUCCUGUACAUUAUUGACUCUUGGGCAGGUCAAACAAAUCCUGCCCUAUAUGAGCAAUUCAAAGAUGAGAAUGAACAACUGACGUGUACAUUUAAAGUAAUACCACCAGAAUGCACGUCCUUGUGCCAACCCUGCAAUAUACAUAUGUAUACUUCUAUCGGCAAGUAAAGCAUUUAAUACCAAGAAUGCAAAACCAUUAUGCAUCAGAGGAGGACAGCUUGAAAGGAUGCCAUCAAAAUUCAGUUCAUGGUGCAUCACCACCUGUCAGCGCCAGCUUAUGCGGAAAUGAUAAGAUACGCCUGGUUCGCAACGAAGCUGUCGCCGCAAAAGGGAACGUUCUGCGAUGUGAUCAACAUUGCAUUCCCAAAGAAUACGAAGAAAACACCAUACACAUGCAACGUGGACGCGUUUAUACGCUGUUCAUGGUGCAGGGUAUUUCUAUUCUUUGGAUGCUUCCUUACACGUUAUCAUCCCCGGAAUUGCGGCGGAACAGGAUAAGGACUGAAUUUUGAUGGCAUUUAUAUCAUCAUCUUCUUCAUAAUGUUCUUCGCUCAUGCAUUCUAAUGCAUUGUUAAUUUGCAGAAAAUAUGGUAUAAUUUUUGUCCUGUCGUUUUGGAUUCUGCACUAUUGUCUUCUGUGUCUUUUUCUAAUGGUAAAAUUAAAUCUUUAUUUUUUAAUAAAUUAAUGAAAAAGGAAA